CAGCGGCAACAACAUCACAGACAUGAGGGCCGAGACAUUGUCUCAGGUUCCAGAGUUGGAGGAGCUGAUAAUGACUGACAACUUCCUGGAGGCGAUCAGACCGGACACCUUCGACUACACUCCAGGCAUCAGAAGGCUGCAGCUGGACCAGAACAAGCUGUGGUGGCUGCGGGCGGACGCCUUCGUGCGCCUGCGACAGCUGCGCAACCUGAGGCUCGACUCCAACGGGCUGACCGCCGUGCCCACGGACGCCCUCAAGCCGCUCGCCCAACUGGAGGCCCUGAACCUGGGUAGCAACCUUCUGACGUCGGUGCCUGUGGGAGCAUUUCCUGAGCUGCCACACCUGCUUAUCCUAUUACUCAAGAGGAACCAGAUAACGCACAUCCACGACGAUGGGUUCCUAACUGUGCCAGCGCUGAGAGCUUUGCACCUGGACGACAACCUUCUCACGCAUGUCCCGCUGGCGCUCACCAAGCUGACGGCGCUGCAGGAGCUGUCGGUGUCUGGGAACCGCAUCAAGUAUAUGCCGGGAGGGGUGCUGCAGCGGGCGCCAGGUUUGGCACUACUGGAGCUGAGGGGGAAUCCCCUGGUGGCGGUCGCGCCCACUGCCUUCUCCCACCUGCCGAGACUGCGAAAGCUCAUCCUGUCCGACGCGCGGGAGCUGACGGAGUUCCCCAACCUGGAGGGCACGGCGGCCCUGGAGAUCCUGCGGCUGGACAGGGCUGGACUCCAGGAGGUGCCCUCCUCACUGUGUUCAGUCUGUCCCAGGCUCCGCAGUCUAGACGUGAAAUCAAAUAAGCUGACCAAGAUUCCGGAUCUAUCGCAGUGCAAGGAUCUAAGAGUCCUGGACUUGGCGAGCAACCAGAUCACGUCGCUGGAGGGCCGUCCAUUCCUUGGGCUGUCCCUGCUGCACGACCUUCUGCUGGCGCACAACUCCAUCCCCAGGGUGCCCAAGGACGCCUUCGAGGGGCUGCCGCGUCUGCAGGUCCUGGACCUAGAGAACAACCGCAUCACCGACAUCCACCCAGAAGCUUUCCUGCCCUUCACGCAGCUGGAAGAUCUGAACCUGGGCCACAACGCGUUUCCCGUGCUGCCUACGGCCGGCCUGGAGCGGCUGCUGGUGCUGAAGGUGUUCAACAACGGCGCGCUGCGCGAGUUCCCGCCCCCGGAGCGGUUUCCGCGCGUGCAGCGGCUGAUGCUGGCCUACGCCUACCACUGCUGCGCCUUCCUGCCGCUGCUGCCGCCGGACCCGCCGCCCAAGCCGCCUCUCAAGGACUCCGUCAUCUUCCCGGAGGACCCCGAGUUCGACAUGAGCCUCUGGAACUCCAGCCUGACCGACCUGUGGCCGCAGCUGCAGAACCUGAGCAAGAAGUUCGGGUCGCAGGUGAACGACCUGUGGGACAGCUUCGGGUCGGACUUCACGUACCCGGGUAACCUGCCAGCCUACGUGGAGGAGUACUUCGAGGAGGCGGAGGCCGCUGCUGGAGCGCGCGUGGGCGGCAGUGAGCAGCCACCCGCCGGCAUCCACUGCGUCCCGCUACCCGGCCCAUUCCUGCCGUGCCAGGACCUGUUCGACUGGUGGACGCUGCGCUGCGGCGUGUGGGUGGUCUUCCUGCUGGCCAUGCUGGGUAACGGUACGGUCGUCUUCGUGCUCGUCUUCUCCAGGAGCAAGAUGGACGUGCCGCGCUUCCUCGUCUGCAAUCUCGCCGCCGCGGACUUCUUCAUGGGCGUCUACCUCGGCUUCCUGGCGGUGGUGGACGCGUCGACGCUGGGCGAGUUCCGGCGCUUCGCCAUCCCGUGGCAGAUGUCGGCCGGCUGCCAGCUGGCGGGCUUCCUGGGCGUGCUGUCGGCCGAGCUGAGCGUCUACACGCUGGCCGUGAUAACGCUCGAGCGCAACUACGCCAUCACGCACGCCAUGCACCUCAACAAGCGCCUCUCGCUGCGACACGCCGCCUACAUCAUGCUCUGCGGCUGGAGUUUCGCGCUCCUGAUGGCGCUGCUGCCGCUGCUAGGCGUGUCGGACUACCGCAAGUUCGCGGUGUGCCUGCCGUUCGAGACGACGACGGGCCCCGCGAGCCUGGCCUACGUGGUGAUGCUGAUGCUGGUGAACGGCGUCGCCUUCCUCAUCCUGAUGGGCUGCUACCUCAAGAUGUACUGCGCCAUCCGCGGCUCGCAGGCCUGGAACUCCAACGACUCGCGCAUCGCCAAGCGCAUGGCGCUGCUCGUCUUCACCGACUUCAUCUGCUGGUCGCCCAUCGCCUUCUUCUCGCUCACCGCCGCCUUCGGGCUGCAGCUCAUCACGCUGGAGCAGGCCAAGGUGUUCACGGUGUUCGUGCUGCCGCUGAACUCGUGCUGCAACCCGUUCCUGUACGCGAUCCUGACGAAGCAGUUCAAGAAGGACUGCGUGCUCAUCUGCAAGGCGAUCGAGGAGUCGCGCGUGACGCGCGGCAUCGGCCGCUGCCGCCACAGCUCCAACUUCAGCAACCGCCAGACGCCCGCCAACACCAACAGCCUCGCAGACCGCUCCUCCAGGGAGCAGCAGCAGCUGCAGCAGCUGCAGCAAGCCGUCGCCAUACACCCGCACGCCUGCACCUGCGCCGCUGGCGACGUGGGUGACCAGUCCGUCCCUUAUCCCAAUUCUUCACGGAAGGCGGCGCCGCGGCGCUGGCUGCUGGGCAAGGCGCGCUGGCUGCUGCGCUGCGUGCGGCGGGAACGGCGGUACGCGGGCCGGCGAGCGCGCUCCGACGAGUACGCCUACCAGAUCGCCGAGAUCCAGCAGCGACAGAAGCAGAAGCAGCACAAGCGCGCAUCCUCCGUCUCCUCCUCCGAGAACUUCAGCUCUUCGCGGUCGGACUCGUGGAGGCACGCGGCACCGCACCACCACUGCGGCAUACCGAUGCGGCUGCUCGACCCCAAGCGGCGCGCCUCGUCGUGGCUGGUGACGCGCAAGACGUCGCAGGACUCGAACCUGUCCAGCUCGCGCAACGACUCGUCCGGCUCGGCGACGACGGCGAGCACCAGCACCUGGAAGCUGUCGCGCUCCAGCGCCUCCAGCGACGCGCGGCACGCGCAGGCGGCGCCGCGGCUGACGCGCCAGGCGGCCGUGCAGCACGAGGACUCGUGCCCCGCGCUCGGCAGCGCGCUGCCCGGCUCCCCAGGGCGGCUCACGGUGCGCUUCCUCGCCACCAUACCCUCCGCCGCCGAGCCGGAGACCAGCACCAGCUGCCACGCCGACGCCGACGGUGACGGUGACACCGGAGGUGGCGGUGACGCGGACGUCGACGGCGAGCGAGACGCGGACGCCGACCCCGAUAACGAGGACGGCGACGGGGGCGCGACCGCCUCGCUGCUGGGCGGCCCCAGCGUGGGGGCGGGCACGCCCUGCUACGCCGUCCUGCACUGCAGCCCGCCGCACACCACAAAGGUGGUGGCUACGACGGCGCCGGGACGCCGGAUGUCGGAAGCAGCGGUCGUGCACUACCACCAGCACCAGCAGCAGCAGCCGCGCGGCCAGCGCGCCAGCUUCUCGUCGCCCUCGUCGCCCUCGUCGCCGUCGCCGACGUCCUCGUCGCGCUGCUCCUCGUCCCAGUCGUCGCCGCGCGCCAGCACCAGAUCCGGCGCCGCCGCAGGUCGCUCUAGUCACAGCAGGCCCCAGCCGGGACCUUCCUCCGCGUCCUGAGGCGCCGCCGGGAGCUGACAGGCGUCCCAGUGUGGGCGUCACUGAGCCACGGGAGCGGAAACACACGAGUAGGCCUCGCAGUUACACAAGUGGCCGGAAGGGACACUUGUAUUCCCGAGUGUGUUGCGUUAAGCUCCGCAGAAACAGUCGAAAGGACAUUAGCAAUAGGUCUUAGUAAACCGAAGACUAUUUUACACAUAAUUUGUACGUUGAGCAUUUCACUAUUCUUACUAUUUUCAUAGACAACUUGAUGGAAGACAUUUGAGUGCAAAGCUCUGAAGAAAGGCCAGAACCAUUCCAAAUAAACACCAG